AUGCAUCUCCUCCAGACUGUGGCAGCCUCGGUCCUGCUGGGUAGCUCCCUGGUCGGAGCGACCGGCACACACCAGGCCGCGAAGCCCAUUGCGCCCAAGGUCUUCAUCGUGUCCAUGUUCGAACCCGAGGCUGAAGCCUGGUGGAACAUCCCCGAAUUCGACCUAUUGGCUCACAACAUCACUCUCCCUGGUCUGUCGCCCGUGUACCCCGACGUCCACUGUACCGAGGACUACGAGAUCUGCCAAUUGAUCACCGGCGAGUCGGAAAUCAAUGCUGCCACCACCGUCACCGCCGUUGCCUUUUCUCCCGUCUUCGACCUCACUCAGACAUACUUCUUCAUUGCUGGUAUCGCUGGUGUGAACCCCAAGAAGACUACCACUGGAUCAGUGACCUUUGCGCGGUACGCAGUGCAGGUGGCAUUGCAGUAUGAGAUUGAUAUCCGUGAGCUCGGCAGCAACUAUACCACCGGAUAUAUUCCCCAGGGCGCAUACUACCCGGACCAGUACCCCACCAGCAUCUAUGGAACGGAGGUGUUCGAGGUCAACGCUGAUCUGCGUACCAUGGCGGUUGAAUUUGCGCGCAAGGCCAAUCUUUCCGACUCGGCCACCGCUCAGGCUUACCGCAAGCACUUUGCCACCCCCAGCGGAAAAUUCAAGGCUGCUACCUUGCCCCCGAGUGUUCUUGAGUGCGAUGUCGCUACCUCGGAUGUUUACUACAGCGGAAACAUCCUUGGCUCGACUUUCGAAAACACCACCAAGAGUUGGACCAACGGCACUGGAGACUAUUGUGCUAGUGCCCAGGAGGACAACGCAACUCUUGAAGUUCUGCUCCGCUCCUCGGCCCGCAAACUCACUGACUUCUCCCGUAUCAUCGUGAUGCGCACCGCGUCUGACUUUGACCGCCCCUACCCCGGCUCGUCGGCGGUUUACAACCUACUCUAUGCCGAUCAGGGUGGCUUUACCCCCGCUAUCGAGAACCUCUACGUGGCUGGUAUCAAGGUCGUUGAGGGUAUCCUCGAUGGCUGGAACACUACCUUUGCCGCCGGAGUCGAGCCUACCAACUACAUUGGAGAUAUCUUUGGCACUCUUGGUGGUACUCCCGACUUUGGCCCCGGACGCCAGGAGGCUCUCGUGAACAGCGGUGCAUUCAAGAAGCGCAGCCUCUCGAAACGCCAGCGUCUCGCACGCCGCGGUUAA